CAACUCUUUCAACUGAUCAAUUUCUUGGACAAACUCACAGUUAAAUAUUGACCAUCUCAUCCGAUUCUUAUGCCACAAACAAUCAAAACAUUAACAUACUGCUUAAGAUCUGAUUCAAAAAGGGCACGAGAGAAAACAGAUGCAUACAUGAAUAACAUUCUUGGGAAAGCUAAAGAAAAGCUUAGUGAUGUGAAUGAAGCCAAGAAUGCAAGAAAAAGGGAUGUAUCUAUUUCCACCCAGUCAGAGCCUGCAAAGAAAAGAACUCGAGCUAUAGUGCAAAAGACAAAACCGAAAACCAAUCCUAAAGAGAAUAAUAGUGCUAUUACGAAUACAAAUAACAAAUCAACCAAGAGGAAAAAUAAGAGAAAGGCUACAGAAAUUGGGGUUCCGAUCUCUAUCCCUUCUAAAGUACAGUCUUCCGUUUAUUCUUCUAUUGAAACUGGUGAAGCAAUCCCAGCCGCUGUUGCUAGUCCAUAUACUUCAACUUCUUUAUCUGCUCAAUCAGUUAAUCCAAUUUCAACUGUGCAUGCGAAUGCACAGCCUGAAGUAAUUGAGGUUAUUGAUAAUGAGCCAAUCGAUGAAAAUGUCCUGCUAGAAACGGUUGAUCCAUCUUCCAUUGAACAGAAAACCCUUGAUCGUAUAUCCCGUUCGAGAGACGAACAUAUGAUGGUUGUUUUGAGAGAAAUGAUUGAACCAUUUUAUGAGAUGUUUGCUGUGCUAGGGAGUGGUGUUAAUGUUUACAACGUAUAUAUCGGAAGAAAAAUGUCGUGCACCUGCUUCGAUCAUCGUAUGAGACGUACGAUGUGCAAACACAUUAUUAUGGUCCUUCUUAAAGUUUUUCGUCUCCCAUCAAACUCAAUUAUAUUUCUAGGAAGAGGAGUUACUCAGAGGCAAAUCGAGGCAGUAUUCGAGACACGUAUACCUGAUGUUAGCGUGAGUGAUUACCAGUCCCAGGAACGAUUGAAAACAGCUAUUCCAGAUCCACUUAAAACGAAAGUACCCCCACAAAGACGAUCUCUUGACACCUCUGAUUGUCCCAUUUGUUUCGAAGAGUUUGAAGAGGAAACAAUCACAACUGUCGCCUUUUGCUGGACAUGUGGAAACAAUAUCCAUGAAGUUUGCUUUGAUAUGUGGAAAAAAUCACGCCAUGGAAGCGUCACUUGUGUUUUUUGCAGAUCAAAGUGGCGCAAUGGAAAUUUGGCAGCUACAAAAAAUACUAGGAAUACUAAGAAAAACGAUUAGCUUUAUUCCCAAAUUGAAAUUAGACCUUUAAUUCUUGGUCAAUAUUUAUGCUAAAACAUUAAAAUUUUUCCAUCAUUUUGCGCCCAAAAGCAUAUAUCAG